AUGUGCGUCACCAGAGUGGCAAGGCACAUCUGUGCUCACACCACAACUGAAAACGGUCACUGCGCUGAGUCCAGGAAGAGAGGAGGCAGGCUCUGCAAGAAGCCGAAAAAGAAAAAGGUCGACGUCCUGGACUACUGCGACUGGGACAGCCCAUUGGGCUACUGCCUCUACAGAAACUGGAGACGGGGCUGGGCCUGCCACAAGUGCAAGCAGCCCACUCAGCGCAGCCCGCGAUGCAUUUGCGGGCAUGCCGUCUGCCGUCGCUGCAGUUGUCUGAAAUCACAACCCCCCAAGAAGAAGAAGAAGCACUACAACGCCAUAAAGAACAUCAAAUGGACCCAGAAGGGCAAGUCUGUACCCCAGAAGAAGCACCAUGAUCCUCAGUCCCUACCUAGAGUCCCAGUUUUCAACCUGUUCGUUGGAGAUUGGGUUUGA